UGCCUGUGUCUCUUCCAGCCGUCCCCUCCGCGCCCGUGUCCCUCCGUCCCUCGCCAUGUCCGCCUGUGUAAAGUUCCUCUGCACUCCUGCACUAGUGAGGAGGAGCCCACGGGUGCUGUGCCAGCCCCUCUCUGCCUCUGUGCUGAGCAUCCCUGAAGCCCAGACGGAGCAGGCACCGGCGGGCACCCACCGGGCCAUCCAGACGAGCGCAGCCCACCGGGACAUCGACACGGCCGCCAAGUUCAUCGGUGCCGGUGCUGCCACGGUGGGGGUGGCCGGUUCCGGUGCUGGCAUCGGCACAGUCUUCGGCAGCCUCAUCAUUGGCUAUGCCAGGAACCCCUCGCUCAAACAGCAGCUCUUCUCCUAUGCCAUCUUGGGCUUCGCCCUCUCCGAGGCCAUGGGGCUCUUCUGCCUCAUGGUGGCUUUCCUUAUCCUCUUUGCCAUGUGAUGGAGAUGGUGACGGUGACAGUGACAGUGACGGUGACAGAGCCCCGCUGUGCCCGGUGCCCUGGCAGGGGAGACCCCCGACCCUGGCCUUGCCGCAGGUGGGAGGGGAAUAAAGACGGUUUGAUAACGGGA